AUGGACUCGGAUGCCGAGCCUACCAGGUCCAAGACGUUUGGCUGGUCCCGGUCGCCGUCGCAGCCGUCGUCGCCGGCGCCACAGCCUCCGCCAGCCCCCGCUCCAGAAACCCCCAUGGCGCACGAAGCCACGCCUCUGAUAGCCCCAGAAACGGGCACAAACCCUCCCAACAUCUGGGUAUCGCGAUGGAGCGUUGUCCACCAGGCAGUAACGUCGUCAAAGCUCUGGCCGUUUGCUCCUCCGCCGCCAGAAUUGGAUGAAGACGACGAUAUGGAAGUGGUGGCGCAUAACCGCCACGCCGACUUGAGGGAAGCUCGAGCAGCAGUGGAAGCUAGCGUGGCCCCUCUCGUAUACGCCAUUUCCCACAAUUACCGCGACGGCCAGUUGCUGCACUACGAAUUGCUGGUGACAGGCACCCAGCUGAUGACGACGCCCAUCCGCUACCUGAGGGCGCUGAACACCCCCAAACUGAAGUACGACGAUACUAGUCUUCCGGGGCAACAGAUCACUGCUACAAGGGGGGCUAGUGAAGCCGCUAGCGGGGUCAAACCGGACCCCAUCGACGCCCAGUCGGUGACGGACGCUGAUACCAAGACCAAGGUUGAUUCUACGGCCAAGGCAACAACCGACGCGAGUACCACGCCGAUAAUAGCGCCGUCGCUUAACGAGCUGUUCCGCCUAAUCAGUGCCGCAACCAAGUGCCGGUUGUGGUUCCAGGACGCGAUGUACGGCCCCCACACCCCCGAGAACCACAUCUACCUAUUACUGACGCCCAAGGCUCCGAAACAGGUGGUAGUUGUGGCGAUAAACCAGUGGGUACCGCCGAAAUACGCUCGCCGCUUCGCCGGACCGCUGACGCUGGCGUCACGCUUACUUGAAGAAACCCUCGCUCAAGUCAAGGCUAUAGGAGCUACCGAGAUCACGGCCAUCGCCAUUGAUGGCCUCGAUACCAUUGAUAAUAGUGUCACCCACGUGAUGCUGAUGCUAGAACCAUGGCACCCCCAAGUGGCUCAGGCAGACCUGGUGGUGGUGGUUGCUGCUGGCGGCGCCGCUGCCAUCGCUGUGAAAACCGUGGCAAACCUAUACGAUAAGGGCGUGGUACUGUCUAGCCAGCUGGUGGGUGUAAUCAUCGCUGGCGGCUACCUCUGUGGUCCCCGUUUAAGCCUAGACCUGAGACGAGGCUAUUCCCCUGUGGAAGCCGACGUCAUCGAGCUGUGGUGCAAAACUGCGGUAACCGAAGACAUUGCCGUGAUUGUUCGUCACCAAGGUAAAAUCACCUUGGUUUGCGACCCCUACGACGAUAUCGUCGCCCCUGACUCCGCGUGGGCCACUACUUGGAGCCACCCUCACAUCUACCGGGUGCUUAUAAGUCGCCAAUCUGGUCGGUUAGCGUGUCAGGUGAUGAAACUAGUGGCGGUGCUCCGUAAUCGGGGCGUGGCUAGUGACCACGGCGUCGUCUCGUCCUUAUGUGGCGACGUCAGCGACGUCGGCAGCCAUCUGUGGCUCGUCACCGACGCCGACGCGCUACGGGAGUGGAUCAAAGCCGGGCUCGACCACGUGUGGACCACCACCAGCGUGGUCAACCCGCAAAACCACUCGCUCCACGUGGUGAGGCCCCCGGUCUACGAGUCGCUAUUUGACGGCGCCUGGAGCCUAAGAGCAGUGGUGGAAGAAGCGAUGACCCAGCCCCAUAUCCUCGGGGUGAGAUACUUAGCGGCGAUUGAGCGGGCUCGCCAGCACGAGCUUGUGGCGAAUACACCGCCUAGCCGGCUCGCCCAGGCACUACUGGGCCUCCCCGUGACGGAGAUCGAUCAAUGGUGGACAUAA